CUUGCCUACGAAGAAGAUUGAUUUAUUCUUACAUUGGAGUAAAAAAUAUCAGUUUUGGUAUAACAUUUGGUACUUACAACGGCUUCUUAUGCAAUGCGAUGCAAUAGACUUAUUUGAUAAAUGCCAGAAGUUUGCAUCUGAAAAGUUACAUACAGCGAAAAUGUUUUAUUUCACCCGGAGCCUGAAUGAGAGUGGAAAAGAACUUUUGUCAGUGCAUACAUCAUUAGAAAUCGAAAAGCCGGGUGUAAGACAGGAAAUGGAAAAAAUACGAAAUGAAUUAGUAAAGCACCUUGAUAUUGAUAAGAGUGAUGUCCAGCUGCAUGGCAUUACACGCGGAUCCCUAACUUUUAUAUUCUCCCUCCCAGAAUUUGAUGUCACGCGUCUUUUAGAUGUUUCUUUUCUGAACAGUAUGUGGACACACAAGGUCUUGAAAAUUGAAACGCAGAAUUUCAUUCUAACACCAGAUGCAAAUCAAAGAAAGUCGAAACCAGAAAAGUGGAUCAGAAAUUUUUCAAUCCAUAAAAAUAAUGGAACAAGCAUCUCUGGAAAACAAAGACGCAUAAUGAUUCAUUUGUCAAAUGUUCAACGUCCAUACUCUAAACGAAACAUGCAAAAAUGUAUUGAAAUGCUGAUGAAAAGGUUAGAGCAGCACAAAGAUAUCAAUGUGAAUGGAGACUUGGCUAUGGUGGAAAUAAAUAACAAUAAAAAAGAUUCGCUGCAUUCGACUGGCAGGAUACAAAUUAUGGCAGCUCAAGACGAAAUUGAGCCAUCCAUUGUAUUGGCUCAUCUAAAGGAAAAGUUCCCAGAGCUUUACGAUGAUUGUGAAAAAGUAGUUCUUGCUGGCAAAUCUCGCAGGGAACAAGCAGAAAAACUACUGGAGUAUUUCAAAAAAUUGAAUGGGAAGAGUUUUAGCGAUAUCAAAAACAGCAUUUUCACACAAAAGGGUAUCAGUGGCAAACAACAGAAUGCUCACAAUAAUGAAAGAUUGAAUAGAAAAGGUCUAAUGAAGAAAUUUAUUGACGAUAACUGGGAUUUUCUGCUGGAAGAGGUUGAUUCUAUUACAAUCAGCGAUACUUUUGAGUCACAAAACAUUGAUGCCAAAUGGCAAAACCUUUGGCAGAACAAUGUCGGAAAGGCAAGGAAAGUUAAAAACGAAUUAUUUCUGAAUUAUAUUUAUAAAAACGAAGAGUGGUUGUUACCAUUUGAUGACGUUCUUCGCAAACAAAAUUUAUCUUUGCCAUGCAUAAUGCCUUGUUCAAGUGUAACUUGCUGAAAGAAAAAAAAGACUACAUGGUAUCGUGCUUCCUAAAAAUUGCCAGUUUGAAGCGUCGUAGCUAUAUAUCUUUUCUUAAACUGAAUUAAUUUUUAAACUAUUUGAUAAGAAAAAGUAUCUAUGUAACAUUGCGUUACCAUACUAAUUGUACAUGUAAGUGUACUAACCUGGUCAUUUUUUUCAUUGUUUAUAUCAGAGUACUAUUUGUUCUGAACUAGUUGGUUUUGAUUUGUUGUUUGAUAAGUUUCAAAGUAAACAGUUGUUAUUGUUUUUAAAAACACGGGUAAAUCAUGUAUAAAGGAAAUUCAAUCAUUAAAAAAAUUUAACUUGUAGCUGACCUAAAAUAUUAUCUGUUUGCGGACCUGACCUAUAAAAAAGAUAUCCCCUUUUUGAGUUAAAAUAUCCUCACUACGGACGGGCAAAUGUCUUUUUACUUUUUAAAGUCCCAGUCGCCACAAGACGACGCCGAUAUGUAAAUUUACCUUCUUUUUUUCCAAAAUAACAUAUUGGACAUCAUUUAGAUAACCAGCUACAAGAUUAUUAAUAUCGAAUUCUGUAUUAUUUGACCUUUAUGUAGAUUAGAACUAAUGUUUGAAAAGAUAAUAACUGAAAUUUAAAUUGCAUUCCUUUUACUAUACGUUUACCAACGUUUGUAACCAAACCUGUUUUUAUUUUAUAUUUUGAAAUGUAUCCACAUGUACAGAAUGUAUUAUGAAUCAUUUUAUUUGUAUUUUAUUGUGAAUCUUAUUUUCCAAUGUUUAUUCAGCGUUGAACUAUAUAUUAUAGUGAAACAUUAUUGAAUUGUAUGAAUGUAUAAUGAUGCAGACUUAGUUUACGAGAAAACUAUAGUCUCACCUGCUGUGAAGGCCACCUUUAAUCCAUGGCAACUCCGCAUGCGCGUUAACCUGUUUUCAAUGCCAAUUUUGUUUAUUUUGUCAAAUGACUUUCAAUAGAAACCAAAAUUAAAUCGCUGAUAAACCGAGACAUUAACUCCCUAAAUGGGAUUAAUAGCCUCGCAAGGCAUAUUUUAAAUGGGACUAGUGUGAAUUUACCUUAUUAAGAAUGAAAAAUAGUUGAAACAUAAAUACAUUGUACAAUUAAAGAACAAAAGUUAUAGAAAUUUGAAUACAAUUUUCAUACCUAAAAAAAAUAUUCCAAUCUUCGCUAUAAAACUUAAAUGUAAAACAUUUAAAAAUAUAUGUAUCCAAAAUUCCCAUUUGUUUUAGAGAAAUAAACAUAUGCAUACUGUUGUAAUAAACCUUUCCUUUUCUUUUAAAUAAAAAUAAAAAUGCAAAGCUCUUCAGCAAUAAAACCUUAAAUUUGUUUCUUAUCUUAGUCUUGACGGAUUCAAUUAGUCUAUUCAAACUUUCCCUCACAUUCUCAUGCAAUGCAUCUCCAUAACAGAUAAAUAUAUGAUCCUAAAGACUAUGAUUUUUUUUUAUGAUUUUGUUAACUUGAAUGGACCAACAAAACACUAUCAGAAUUUAAUAUUCACUAGAUGAUAACCCGCGCAAGCGCGCGAAUUAACACUUUAUUAUGAUAUAAUGCUUAAUAUGUUGUGCCAUAUUUUUUUGUUCAUUUUUGUAAAUACUUUGUCCAAUGUUUUCCUUAUCUUAUUUUCUUAAAAUUGAAACUUUAAAAAACAUUGAUUUUUGGUUGUGUUUAUUUGAAACCAGUGAAUGAAUUUUUAGUUUGUCUCUCUCUAAAUUUGGUUCUUUAGGUAAAUUUUCAAUAUAAUUUCUAUUACUGUCCCAAAUAUAAAUUUCAGAUAAAAACAAUCUGGAGAGGGAGAAGGUGGCAUUCCCAUUAAACUUCCCCGUUUUAUGCAUACAUUAUUUUUCCAUAUAGACGUAGAAUACAAUAAUUUGUUCAUUAAUGUUGACAAAUUAAUGUCUAAUGUUUACAGCCAGUCUGUUGUGGUAUGAAAAUAAAUGAAAUUAUA